GUGCGGUAAUGUUCGGGUGUAAUGUGCGGGUUCGCACGCGGAAGUGCGGAAACGUGACUCACGUCACACAUAUACAGUCCAGCGGUAAGACUGUCACAGACAGAGCCGAGCUCCUGGAGCCUCUCACAUGGAUUAAUCCGAGUUUGUUCGCGUUUUAGUCUGACUUUGAGCAUGCGAACGCUUCAUCCGGGGUUAUUUUCUGGAGUCUGGAGUUAGAGGAACUCAUGACUGAGUGAUAUUAUCGAUGAUAUUCAGCUUGGCAAGAUGCGGGUCCAUGUCCUUGGGGUCCUCAUUGCAUUCACCGUAUUGAGUGUACUGAGAAGACUUACAGAUGCUGUUCCGGCUCCUUUCGGUGUGUCUGUGAAGUGCGACAGUUAUGGAGUGGUGGUGGAGUGGAUGGCUACUGGUCUCAGUGAACAAGCUGACUUCCUGUUAGAGCUCAAAGCAGACUCCGGGGAAAACGUUUCUGUUAACACAAAGGACCUUCGAUACAACAUCUCUGACCUGCUCCAGGAUACGGCGUACAACCGCUACUUUGUGAAAGUGAAAGCCAGAGAUGGUGGACAUGAGUCUGAGUUUGCAGAAUCACAAAUAUUCUCUUUCAAUUACCUUCGUCCCACGAAUAUCACCUGUGACCUCGAGUUCCCCACAGUCGAGCUGUUUCCUCGAGAUGGAAAGCUGUUUGUUGAAUUCAUCAACCCUUUGCACCUGUACAGAGACACACCUGCUCUACGGAAACUCGAGAACAGCGACACACUAACGUACACGCUCACCAGCGAUAAGGUGUAUAAAGAGUCUACGUGCUUUGACGAGUUGGAGAAGUGUGAGAGCAAUGUGUCAUUCCCAGAAGAGCAAGAGGAAUACUGUAUCAGACUCUCUGGAAGGAUCAGACAAACUCGUGUACGGGAUACGAGAUCUUACUGUUAUAGUGGCACUCUUUAUCCUGGUCCACCGAUCACCACGGUCCUCAUCCCGGUGCUGGUGGCUAUCACAGCGUUACUCAUUUUGGCAUUGGCCACUGCGUUUCUGGUGAAGCUUUGUGAAACUAAAUGCCAUGAGUGCAACCUGUCCAAAUUUCCACGAGUUCUGGAGGACAAGUUCACGCACACCCUUCUGAUGACGCUGGAGCCGGAACGCGUGGAAAUUCCCAGAGUCGAACCGGCUGUCAGAAUUCCCAUCCUGCCGGAAACCUUCUCCACCGUCGCCGACAGCGAUGACCUCAAAGGCCGCGACGAGGACGAGGACCAGGACGUGGACGUGUGUAGGAGCUCGGGAAGCGGCGAGCUGGAACCAAGUUGUUACACGGACAGGUCGCACAUGUACGGGACCGGAGCGGAUCUGUCGAGCAGCGACUUUUCUACGGGUUACGACCAGCCGCACGCGCUCCCAGAAAUGAGCCUUUAAGGCAUGGUCUUGAAAACACGAGCUCAUGAGGGUUGUCUGGAACCUUGGACAAUCGAUAAGAUACACGUCUCCGGUUCGAACAUUCUGUCGUCCCAGACAACAAAAACAGAUGUGAUGGAGAGAAUGUAAAUAAUGUAAUGUGUGUGUGUAUAUAUAUCUCUCUCUCAUGUCUCUGCUACAGUAAUAUUUGACAGUAUAAAGUUAUUAUCUGAAGUAGAUCAGCAGGACUGACAGUUUCAACAUUCCAGUUCUCUGUUCAG